AUGUGCACAUCCAUAUGUUUCUGUCCCAUAUUGCCGUCCACAAUCGCAGAAGACGGCAGCAAGCCUCGUUGGCUAGACAAGUCUCCAGCUGCCGCUGCUGUUCACGAGCACCACUUUACCGCUACUACCUCUCCACACAAGCUGUUUCCCAAUGAUCCACAAGCCGCACAAGCCUCUCCCCUCCAUAUUUCUUCAGGAGAAUCGACAAACCCUUCUAUUGCAACCACAGCCUCCUCAGCUCCUAACUCCAGUUCCUCCACCUCUUGUCUCCCAUCAUCAUUGACUUCGUUGAAUGAACAAUUGACUACAUCGUCUACUUCGCCAUCGUCGUGCUCUACAGCUUUAUGUGCUAGUGGCAAUGGUGGUGGUGUUGUUAUUGUUGUUGAGGGUGCCUGUUGCAGGCUCGAUGACUCGAAUGACCAGCUCGCUACGGAGCAGAGCUGCAGACAGAUUGACCAUCUUCUGCUCGCCUCUGAAGAUGUCGACUGGACCAGCCUCUCAUUAAAUCGCGAACAAAUGUCCGUAAACGAACCGACAGAGGCCCCUUUGCAGAGUGUAGAUGCCGAUGGCGAUCUCUUAGGUCAACCUAUUAGAAAUCAGCUCGUUCUGCCAGUUUCUGUAGCCCCUUUUGACAACUUUUCUACACCCUCGACUUCAUGUCCAGCUACAACUUUCCUUUCUCCUCCGCCUGUUUCUUGCCUGGCCGUCGACAAGUCUCGACAAUCUGCUUUCUAUCAGCUCACCUCAAAUAUGCUACCAAUGGGUGGACUUACGCUAACAUUGCCAACUGGCUUGUCAGUGCCUGAGCUCGCCUAUACCGACGUAGAGGAACAAUUGCUCUGUGGCAAACAAAUCACAUCCGGCGAUCCGAUGACGGUGGAUGAGGAAGGCAGUUAUCUCCAUUCAUCAUCGUCUUCUUCCUCUUCUUCCUCUUGCUCAUCUUCCUCUUCAGUAUCUCUAUCGUCAGUUGGUGGUGCCUCGAGGCCAUCCUGUCUCCAGAAAGAUCCUCAUUACUUUAUGGACUGCAUAUCUGACAAAGGUAGUGUCGGUAAUCAUAGAGGACGCACUCCUGGUGUCAAUGCCGAUUGUCUCGAUGCGGAACUAAUGCUGCCACAUGGCAUCGAGAAAUUUGAGGGGACGACAGGUACAGCCAUCACUCCGUUAGAACAGGUUUUUGUUCUCCCUUCCAGGCAGAUCUCCUACCCGACUGCCACCUCUAUAGUGGCGGGUACGGCUAUUACCACUACUGCUCUGGAGGCAGUAGAAAGGAUGAGCGUGGACGCCAGGGCCGCUUCGUCAGAUGGCUUUAUAUUUCUUAAUGAAUCAUCCACUCGUCACUCGGAUCUUCUCACUUCUGAAUACCUCCAUAUGGCUGAGCCACCACGUCCACUUGACUCUGGUCUCUUAGGUACAUCUCUGCUCGCUGGGCUGCCGUUUGACAUCUGUGCCGUUGGGAACAGUGGCGGUACUGCCAGGAACACAGGGUCUCACUGUCUCUGCGCCAAGCAGACGUCCGGAUCAAGUGAAGUUGUCGAGGAAAUCAGAGAGGAGGAAGAUGAAGAUGAAGACGGGGAGGAAGAGGAUACGGAGGAAGUAGAUGAGGAAGAGACAGAAGUGUAUAAUGAAAACUUUCUUAGUCGGAUCACGGAAGCACAGUGCCUCGCGGACUCAACUCUUUCUUCAGAUACAACUUCGCACGACUCAAAGUUCGCACACUCAAUUGCAAAUGCGAACUCCGAUAAAGGAGUAUCCGUGACUAUGUUGACUAACGCCAAUUCUAGGCUCUUGACUGAAAAAGCUGUUGUAAGGAAUCUCAAUACCACUGCUAGAUCUGAAAGUGUUACUGGCAGCAGCGACAACCUAGAGCUAGAUCUGCUCUGCUUGGCUGGUGGACCUGACUCUAAGAUGGAGAUUGAGCCUGCCGCUGCUAAUCAUCAAUUGGGCUGGCGGCAAAUUGGUGAUAAUUUUCACCAACAGCAUCACCAGGACUUUCAGCAUCAACCACAGGCCCAACGACAUAUGGAUAUAAGUACAAAGCAGUGCGCGAUGCCUAAUCUAGCCGAGACUAAUACAUUUUGCCGGCCGGAUGAGCCUGUAAGUGAUAUUUUGACCUAA